CCGCGGGCUGGGGCUCCGCGGGCGAGUCGAGGGCUGCGCCCGCUGCGGCGAUGGGGACGGUGGGCGUAGGGUUGGUGGACUGCCACUGCCACCUCUCCGCCCCAGACUUCGACCGCGAUCUGGAUGAUGUGUUGGAGAAAGCCAAAAAAGCCAAUGUUACGGCUCUUGUGGUGGUCGCUGAACAUUCAGGAGAAUUUGAAAAGAUUAUGCAGCUUUCAGAACGGUAUAAUGGGUUUGUCCUGCCGUGCUUGGGUGUUCAUCCUGUUCAAGGACUUUCACCAGAAGAACAAAGAAGUGUCACAUUAAAGGAUUUGGAGGUAGCCUUGCCCAUUAUUGAGAAUUAUAAGGAUCGGUUGUUGGCAAUUGGAGAGGUGGGACUUGAUUUCUCCCCUAGAUUUGCUGGCACUGACGACCAGAAGGAAGAACAAAGACAAGUCUUAAUCAGACAGGUCCAAUUGGCUAAAAGACUGAAUUUGCCUUUAAAUGUUCACUCACGCUCAGCCGGAAGACCCACCAUCAGCCUCUUAAAGGAGCAAGGUGCUGACAAAGUGCUGCUACAUGCAUUUGACGGCAGGCCAUCUGUAGCCAUGGAAGGAGUAAAAGCUGGGUAUUUCUUCUCAAUUCCUCCUUCUGUCAUAAGAAGUGGACAGAAGCAGAAACUUGUGAAACAAUUGCCUUUAACCUCAAUUUGCUUGGAAACAGAUUCACCUGUACUAGGACCAGAAAAACAGGUACGGAACGAACCCCAGAACAUUUCCAUUUCAGCAGAAUAUAUUGCCCAGGUGAAAGGAAUCUCAGUGGAAGAAGUCAUGGAAGCAACAACACAGAAUGCACUGAAACUGUUUCCCAGGCUUCAGCACCUGCUCCACAAAUAGCUUCAAAACCAAAUCAACUGCAGGGGGCAGCAUUUGAGAAAAAGUAAUAUCUUGAUUAAGAGUCUGAACUGAAGACCUGGAGAAGUCAUUACAUUGGGAUAGAGAAGAUUGCAAUUUUAGAGAACUGUUUCUCUUAAAAGUAAAACAAGGCUUGGAUCCUGAAAUCCUGGGCUCUGAUUCUACCUUGUGCUGCUUUUCAAUUAACGGAAUCCUAGCAGGAGCUCGGGAUGCACCGCACUGCUUCUUACCCUUGCCCUGGUAAGUAGGACCAGCACGUGAAUCGAAACCAUUUCUCCUGGCAAGGGCGGCUCCCGCAGGCAGGAGAUAGCGCCGCCGUCGGGGCCUUGCCCGGCCGGACGUUCAUCCUUCACCACCCGGCCUGCUCCCCGUGGGCUCUGUCUAGCAGAAGGAGAGCUUCUAGUUCCUUUUACUGUUGGAAACCUUCCCUCUUCUGGAUUUGUAAAAUUGGACUUUUAAACUUGAAUUCUGUCUUUUUAAGAGAAAAAUGUACAAGAUGUUAUAUUGGUCUUAGAGUUUAACUUAAGAGGCCAGUGUUUAUGCAAUACCAUUAAAUACUAAACUCAAAAAACUGAUUUUAAGUUUCAGUCUGAAUUUUGUCACAUGUUUAAAAUGUAAACAGCUUUCUUAAACUGGUACCUGAUGUUUUCUGCCUAUAGUAAAAUUAUAUGUUUAAGUUUUAAAAAUCUUAUGUAUAAAAAGAGUUCUGUGGAUAUAUGUUGGUAGUGGUAACAAACCAAUGUGAAUGUCCUUAAUUCCAGUGAACUAUACACUUAAAAAAUAUUAAGGUGGUAAAUUUUAUGUUCUGUGCAUUUUACCACAGUUUUUUGAAAAAUCUUAUGUGUAGUUUACCAGGUGUCAUGAUGCAUACCAAAGCCUGAGUAUUUAAUUUUGUUUAAUUAUUUCAGUGGAAGAUACUGAAAAAAGUACCUGUCAUGGGAAAAGAUUAACUUCCUAAAAAGCAAAAUGAUUUUCCAUCAUCUUCAGUGUUUUGAAAUCUAUAGAGAAACCGCAGUGCAUCCUCGGGCGGAUUGCCCGAGCUGAGGAGCUGCUGAGGGUGCUUUCCUGCCACCCGUCAGCAUCGUGACAGACGAAGUUCCUGCACUUGCUGGGAGUUAAUGGUAACACGAGACUCCGGAGCUCCCUUUCAAUUCUUUCUUUUUCCUGUUUCCUACCUUUGGUCCACGUUCACUAUGUUGAACUUUCCCCUUGAAGUCCUUUAUGAUCCAACUUAAAUGACCUCACUUUACCUGAUUAUCCCAGCCAGAAAUGAUCCCUGCUCUCUAAAUUGUAGCCAUUGUUUUCAUUUAUUCAUCAACUUACUGGUUUAAUUUAUUACACAAAGAGUUAUUGAGCCCCUAUAGUCCAGGUCACAAGCUCCAGAGAGGAAAAAUAUCACAAUGUAAUAAAGAAGAUACACAAGUGACAAAUAAUUUCAAAGCAACGUGAGAAGUACCAUGGUAAAAGAGGAAAAAAGUGCCAUAAAACCAGUAUGAUAACACUUAACACAUAUUCCUUUUUAAUAGGUUUACCUCGUGUAUGUUUUUUAUCUUUAUAGAUUUUAAACCUUUUGAGAAACUUCUUUUUUUUUUUUUUUGCUCAGCCUGACACAAGGUUUGUGAUAUCAUAUAUUCUCACAUGUCUUUUAAAUAAGUGAGUGGAGGCUGUAAGUUCAACUGACUCUAGUUGAGAAGUCAAAUAUUUAAUUUUUCAAUCUGCCCUUUGAAAUGGAUAUUGGAUAUUGUGUACCUUUUUAUUGCUUUUUUUUGAGGUGC